CACUCGGGGGGUUUCCUGGCAGAACCAGGGGGACAGAUGCCCCUUGGGGUUCUCUGGCUCUACUGCCACUCAGCACUGGGCAGGAAGGUGGGACGGGGGACCUGCAGCCUGAGCAGCAGCAGCCACUGAGCAGGGCAGUGAUGGCUUUGUGCUUCCAGUGGGACCUGUGGGCUCCGGCCCAUGGCUUCUGACCACAGCUCUGCAGUUCUCGACUAUGACUCUGUGGCUUCUGCUGAGGACACGUCCCAUGCUGUGGGUGGCACCAGUGCCCAGGCAGGGGUCUGGCCCGGCAUCAUCAGCAUCCAAGCCACCUGGAAGAAUGGCACGUGGCACAUGUGCACAGGUGUCCUCCUCAGCUCCCAGUGGGUUCUCACAGUUGCACACUGCUUUGCCAGGGCCAGAGAUGUCUCCAUGUGGGAGGUGGUGAUGGGGGCUACAGAUCUGACUCACCUGGGCCCUGAGGCUGAGGUCAGACACAUCCAGAGGCUCCUGGUGCACCAGCACUACGUGCCUGCCACGGCCAGGAACGACAUCGCCCUGCUGGAGCUGGACCAGCCCGUGGAAUGCAGUGACUACAUCCAGCUGGGCUGUGUGCCUGACGCCUCGCUCAGGGUCUCAGAGCUGAAAUCCUGCUACAUCGCCGGCUGGAACUUUGCCAGAGCUCAGGGAACAGGCGUGGCACUGCAGGAGGCCAAGGUCCACCUCAUGGACACAGAGCUCUGCAACAGCAGCCCGUGGUAUGCAGGGGCUGUUCAUGCUGACAACCUGUGUGCUGGGUACCCACAGGGCGGCAUUGACACCUGCCAGGGGGACAGCGGGAGUCCCCUCGUCUGCAAGGACAAUGGAGCUGACUACUUCUGGCUCGUGGGAAUGAACAGCUGGGGAAGAGGCUGUAACAGAGCCAGGCACCCUGGGAUCUACACUUCCACUCAGCACUUCUACAAUUGGAUCCUGCUCCAGACUGGCCUGAGCCCAGCCGAAAGAGCUGGUCCAGCACCAGAGCCAGUUAUUACCUCGGCCCCUGAGCAGCGUAUGAAACAAGAGGAGCCAGAGGAAGACAUCAACUUGACCCCCGAGUACAGCCAGAGACCAGCGGUGACAUCCUCGGGCAUGUCACUGCCCCUGUCAUUCCCACAGCAGAUCCUGGUGCAAUUCUGGAAUCUGCUGCAGGACUUCCUGCAGUUUCUGAAGGACAAGAAAGCUUGAGCAGCAGGGGGAUGAGCAGCAUCCAGGGUUACAGUUGACCAUGGCAUUUCCUGGUGGGCCAAAGGUAGCCUUGGAGACAGA